AAGGACCGCCUAUCUAUAAAGGCUUCGCUAGAUUGACGAUCAGUCCAGCUGGAAUCACGUGACCUAAGUCUUGAUAAACAGAUCUUGGAUCAAUCACAGUAACGAUAAACAAUGUCUUCGACCAAUCCAAUUCCAAGCCUUGAAGCAGGUAUUCAAUACUGGGCCACUCAGCCCGCAAACUACGACGGCGUGCUUGGUGGAUUUGGAACGGGGUCACUUCCUCGUGUCGAUUCUCUUGGAUCACGUCGUUUCCUCCUCGACCUCCUUCCUGAAUUAUCCACAGUCCCAUCACCGUUUCGGAGUCUCUCCGCCCCUCCAUCCGAAACUAAGCGUGUGAGAGCUCUUGACGUUGGCGCAGGUGUCGGGCGCGUCACAUCAGACGUUCUCCUUCAUCUUGUCUCGGAUGUUGUUCUGCUUGAGCCUGUAGAGUCUUUCAUCAACGAAGCCCGAUCACGUGGAAAAGCCAGCGAAUCCGGUUUAGAAAUCAACGACAGCGGGUAUAGGGUUUCAUGGAAGGGUAUCGCGGAUCGAUCGAAGAGCGUCACAUUCUUGCAAGGUGCCUUGCAAUCUUUUGACCCGGUCGUACCAGGGACACCUCUGGAUCGUGUCGGUUAUCUGCCGCAAGGUGGUGAUGACGAAACGGAAACGGGAUUCGAUGUGAUAUGGUGCCAAUGGUGCCUCGGUCACUUGAGAGAUGAUGAUCUUGUGCUUUUCCUUCAGAGGAGCAAGAAGGCUCUACGUGAUGGGAGGAGUCUCAUCGUAGUGAAGGAGAAUAUAUGCGGCAAGCAAAAUGAGCCAGUGACUGUUUUUGACGAGCAAGACUCCACCUUCACUCGGUCAGAUCUCGCAUUCAGAAAUAUUUUCCGGGAUGCUGGUCUCAAAAUCAUCGAAGAGAAAAUCCAACACGGGCUUCCCAAAGGACUAUACCCUGUGAAAAUGUACGCACUACGGGAGGCAUGAGACAUCCUUCAGUAGUCUCUUAUUGUCGUCAGCCAUGCAUGCACGCGUUAUAUGUGAUUGCGUCCGUAGUGCAAGAGUAUGUAACAUCGAGCCAACAUAAACACAUUGUUCAUCUGACAUCAUCU